GCUGACGGAGCCAGUACCCCCGGAAGGAAAAGCACGGCCAGCAGGUGGGAACAGGGAGGAACUUGGAUGAAAUCUCCUGCCCUUCUGCCAAGGAGGGACGAGAACAGCACGAGGCACUUUGUACACAUCAGGCCACUUAAACUCUCGCUGCUCGAGGUGCGGAUUGAAGACUAGCAGCGCCGGCCUUGGCUGCGUGCUUGUGGGAAAACCAGAAUCUCAGGCUAAACCCGGGACCUGCUGAAGCAAAUCUGCAUCUUACCGAGCUGCUCAGCACCUCAGCUCCUCAGCACCUCGGCAAGCUCAUCACCUUCAGAUGACUUGAUUUCCACCACCCGGAGCUGCCCUUGGAGUUGGAGCGCUUGAAGCGCAGCCAGAAGAGCACCAAGGUGGAGGGGCCAGAGCCCGCGCCCGCCGAGGCCUCGCUGAGUGCCGAGCAGGGAACGAUGACGGAGGUGAAGGUGAAGACGGAGCUACCCGACGACUACAUCCAGGAGGUGAUCUGGCAGGGGGAGGCCAAGGAGGAGAAGAAGGCCGUCGGCAAGGACGGGACAGGCGACGUGCCCGCCGAGAUCUGCGUGGUGAUUGGUGGUGUCCGCAACCAGCAGACCCUUGAUGGAAAAGCACCUGAAGGCAGCCCCCACGGUGGAUCUGUGCGAAGCCGCUAUUCAGGGACCUGGAUUUUUGACGAAGCGUUGAGAUAUGCAUCUGGAUCCUAUGAGUGUGGAAUCUGUGGCAAGAAGUACAAGUAUUACAACUGUUUCCAGACCCACGUACGGGCACACCGAGUAGGAUGGAGACCCAGGCAGAGAGAAGAGGCCUGCUUAACUUGGGAGAGCACACAGGGGCUGGCAGGAGGACGUGCACCAGGCUUCUGCCCCCCACACGGGCCCACUUCCUCCCAGGACACCGAAGCCACCUCAGGGGAGGGCGCCUCCCAAGGCAACAAUUUCAGGUACACGUGUGACAUCUGUGGGAAGAAGUACAAGUACUACAGCUGUUUCCAGGAACACCGAGACCUACACGCCGUGGAUGUGUUUAGUGUGGAAGGGGCCCCUGAGAAUCGGGCAGACCCCUUCGACCAAGGUGUUGUGGCCACUGACGAGGUGAAGGAGGAACCCCCGGAACCAUUCCAGAAAAUCGGGCCAAUGAACAAUAUUACAUCAGAAAUUUUUAAGAAGAAAGAAGUUAGGCAGUGCCAAAAGAGAGAAACUGGCAAUUACACCUGUGAGUUCUGCGGCAAGCAGUACAAGUACUACACACCCUACCAGGAGCACGUGGCCUUACACGCCCCCAUCAGUACCGCCCCCGGGUGGGAGCCACCGGACGAUCCAGACACAGGCUCUGAGUGUUCACAUCCGGAGGUCUCCCCGUCUCCACGCUUCGUGGCAGCGAAGACCCAGACGAACCAGUCGGGGAAAAAAGCUCCGGCCUCCGUGGUCCGAUGUGCCACCCUCUUACACCGCACCCCUCCAGCCACCCAAACCCAGACGUUCCGCACUCCAAACUCGGGAUCUCCGGCAAGCAAGGCAACCGCAGCAGAAAGCGCUUUCAGUCGGAGAGUAGAAGGCAAAGCACAAAACCACUUUGAAGAGACGAAUAGCAGUUCCCAAAACUCCAGCGAAACUGCAAGUCCCCUGAUUUCCAAUCCUUUCCCUCUCCUACAGAAACCCUACACCUGCGGCGCCUGUGGGAUCCAGUUCCAGUUCUACAACAACCUGCUGGAGCACAUGCAGUCCCAUGCAGCGGACAACGAGAACAACAUCGCCUCCAACCAGUCCCGAUCACCACCUGCUGUCGUAGAAGAGAAGUGGAAACCCCAGGCCCAGAGGAAUAGCGCCAACAACACCAUGAGCAGCGGUUUAACACCCAACAGCAUGAUCCCGGAGAAGGAGCGGCAAAAUAUCGCAGAGCGGCUGCUGAGGGUCAUGUGCGCCGACCUGGGUGCGCUGAGCGUGGUGAGUGGGAAGGAGUUCCUGAAACUGGCCCAGACGCUGGUGGACAGUGGCGCCCGCUACGGGGCCUUCUCGGUCACGGAGAUCCUGGGCAACUUCAACACACUGGCGCUAAAGCACCUGCCACGCAUGUACAACCAGGUGAAGGUGAAGGUGACGUGCGCCCUGGGCAGCAACGCCUGCCUGGGCAUUGGGGUCACCUGCCACUCGCAGAGCGUCGGCCCCGACUCGUGCUACAUCCUCACGGCCUACCAAGCCGAGGGCAACCACAUCAAGAGCUACGUGCUGGGCGUGAAGGGCGCGGACAUUCGCGACAGCGGCGACCUGGUGCACCACUGGGUGCAGAACGUGUUGUCAGAGUUCGUGAUGUCGGAAAUCAGGACGGUGUACGUGACGGACUGCCGGGUGAGCGCGUCUGCCUUCUCCAAGGCCGGCAUGUGCCUUCGCUGCUCAGCCUGUGCCUUGAACUCGGUGGUGCAGAGCGUGCUGAGCAAGCGGACGCUGCAGGCCCGCAGCAUGCACGAGGUCAUCGAGCUGCUCAACGUGUGCGAGGACCUGGCGGGCUCCACGGGCCUGGCAAAGGAGACCUUCGGGUCGCUGGAGGAGACCUCGCCGCCGCCCUGCUGGAACUCGGUCACAGACUCGUUGCUGCUGGUGCAUGAGCGCUACGAGCAGAUCUGCGAGUUCUAUAGCCGCGCCAAGAAGAUGAACCUCAUCCAGAGCCUCAACAAGCAUCUGCUCAGCAACCUGGCGGCCAUCCUGACGCCCGUAAAGCAGGCGGUCAUCGAGCUGAGCAACGAGAGCCAGCCCACCCUGCAGCUGGUGCUGCCCACCUACGUCAGGCUGGAGAAGCUGUUCACGGCCAAGGCCAACGAUGCGGGCACCGUCAGCAAGCUGUGCCACCUCUUCCUGGAGGCCCUCAAGGAGAACUUCAAGGUGCACCCGGCGCACAAGGUGGCCAUGAUCCUGGACCCGCAGCAAAAGCUGCGGCCCGUCCCGCCCUACCAGCACGAGGAGAUCAUCGGCAAGGUGUGUGAGCUCAUCAAUGAGGUGAAGGAGUCCUGGACCGAGGAGGCCGACUUCGAGCCCACGGCCAAGAAGCCCCGCUCCGCCACGGGCGAGAACCCCGCAGCUCAGGAAGACGAUCGGCUUGGGAAAAACGAAGUGUAUGAUUACCUGCAGGAGCCCCUCUUCCAGGCCACUCCUGAUCUCUUCCAGUACUGGUCGUGCGUUACCCAGAAGCACACGAAACUCGCCAAGCUGGCCUUCUGGCUGCUUGCGGUUCCGGCCGUGGGGGCCAGGAGCGGGUGUGUAAAUAUGUGUGAGCAAGCCCUUCUGAUCAAAAGGAGGCGACUGCUCAGUCCAGAAGAUAUGAACAAACUCAUGUUUCUGAAAUCCAACAUGCUUUAAGACUUCAGAACAAUAAGAAGAGAAAAGAAGAGAAAAAAGAAAGAAGAGAAACGUUAGAAGAAAAAAAAACCACAAACACACACACACAUAACACUGUCGCAAACAAAGAAAAGGAAUUUAAGUUCUAAACACUGUGGACCUCAUUAUAAACGCCCCCCUGGAAACUUAA